CGUUUUCUCCGUGUGGCAGUUGGGGUCUUGCUGUUCGCCUCACCGAGUUGCAGAUCCUUCAAUGAAACAGCACGUGCACGUUCCUGGUGGGCACUCAGGAAGUGUUUCUCUCCCUUCAUCUGCCCUCUCCUUUACCACUGAGUUUCAGCGCAGUGAGUGCUGCAUGAAUGAACGGCUGGACAGGUAACUGGUCUCCUGUGCUGUGUCCUUUCAGUGACCUGCAUAAUGCGGCUGCCGGUUCCUUCGCCUCCGCGUUUGCUGCCCUGGUGCUCUGCCCCACUGAGCUUGUGAAGUGCCGGCUACAGACCAUGUACGAAACACAGAUGUCGGGGAAGAUAGCCAAAAGCCAGAAAUUCAGCUGCUUCGCCUGCUGUAACUGUCUCUCUGUGUCUCCUCCCAGCACAGUUUGGUCUGUCGUGAAGAGUAUCCUUAGGAAGGAUGGCCCCUUGGGCUUCUACCAUGGACUCUCGAGCACUUUACUUCGAGAAGUACCGGGCUAUUUCUUCUUCUUCGGUGGCUAUGAACUGAGCCGAUCAUUUUUUGCAUCUGGGAGAUCAAAAGAUGAACUAGGCCCUGUCCCUUUGAUGUUAAGUGGUGGCGUUGGUGGAAUCUGCCUCUGGCUUGCUGUAUACCCAGUGGAUUGUAUAAAAUCCAGAAUUCAAGUUCUUUCCAUGUCGGGGAAACAGGCAGGAUUUCUCGGAACCUUUAUAACUGUUGUGAGAAAUGAAGGAAUAAUGGCCUUGUAUUCUGGACUGAAACCUACUAUGAUCCGAGCGUUCCCUGCCAACGGGGCACUAUUUUUGGCCUAUGAAUACAGCAGAAAGUUGAUGAUGAGCCAGUUUGAAGCUUACUGACGUGUUCUGGCGAACCUAGAUCCAAAUAGGCGUUUGAGGACUGCAGUUCAUCUCAGGGUUUCAUGGAGUACAAGACCAAUGUGGAAUUAUUUUGAUUUUGUGGGAAAUUUGUUUUUGUCUUCUCUUCUUCUGCUUUAAAUCUUCAGCUUUAUGGAAGGACCUCUAUUUUGCAUCAUGUAAUUUCUGCUCAUAAUUGUAUUGAAAUAGAAUAGUUACUGCUCUUGUCCUUGGUGGGACUUUCAGGGUGAGCUGCUGGCCAUCUGUACCGAAUCUGAAAGGCUAAAUAUAGUUAUAUCAGGGCUUUUGCGUAACCCUGUAUGUGUACAUGCAGUCUGGAUGGUUAUGUGUUGUGAGUGAAGCACACUUUGUUCCAUGUUUGAUCUCAAAUCUCACCAGGAAAACCUAGAGGCGUAAACCACGUUUCAUAAAGAUGGUUAUAAAUGAUUGCUUAAGCCAUCCUAUAUGUAGGGUCUCUUUUAAAAUCUGCUUAGCACCUAUACUAUACUAAGUGGUUAAAGUUUUUAAAAAGUUUUCCUGUGGUGCUUGAAAACUAAAAUAUCCAUCUGUGUUUUAAAGAGGAGACCAUACCUGCAUACUGGUGUGGCUUCCAUGUUCUUGAUUUAAGUUUCAGAGUAGGCAUCCUGGAUUUUCCCAGGAUGCUCUACUGUUAAAAUAGUGCCAUUCAUUUUCUAGGUGGAAUCAUAUUCUACACUCUGACGUCUUGUUGGGUUUGGCCUAGAGCAUCAGGCCUUCGGGCAACAGCACGCCCUCCCCUGUGCCAACUUCCCUUCUCCUCUCCCAAAGAGCUUCCUGUCUGCUGGGCUUUAGGUUGAGGAAGGGGCUGAAGGGAGGGGGCUGUGCUGCUGUGCUUUGUGAAGUCAGCUUGUGGCUGACAACAGCCCUUAGCUUCUGUCUUGCUCCUGGUCUGGGUGGGAUUCCAGAGUAUUGUGUUGGACCAUCUAUGGGCUGUUGAUCUACUUUGAGCCUCUCACUCAUUACCUGCACCAAUUGGAAACCCAUCCAGGGAGCAGAGCGCCAAAGCCAAGAGAAGCCCUCGUUCCCUGUCUGGUGACUGAGUGAUGGGGCUCAUGGGUGGAGUCCUCCCAUCUCAGACAGAACUAGACAAAGUGUAGUGUUUACACUCCACUGUGAGUAAUGUCUGGGCUGACCGAUUCUAACAUGUCUCAGGAUCCAUACUGCUUGCCUUGCUUUUACAGUUUCGGAGCCUUUCACAUUUGGUACUGGCAGUCAGUGAAUUUUAAUGGUGACCAUGUGGGGUGUGACUUUAUAAAGCAAGGAAACAGGAAAAGUAGUUUUGUUAAACUCUGCCAUGUAUGUGUACUAACCACAACAAAAACCCCAGUUCAUCUGAUCCCCAGACUUGGGGAUGGGCAGCUGCUCCUUGGCCACCUGGUGUAAGAGAGUCCUCCUCAUCACCACUAAAGCAAGCCGCCUCAUUCCGUGCCACUCCAAGACCAGCAAGGGCUCUCGCAGUAAAAAGUGUUCUUAAGCAGCCUGUGAGACUGAAAGCAGGCAGCCUGACAAUGUUAAUAGUAGUCCAUACCAGGUGUGUCUGUCCCUGUUGGCAGAAUGUAAAUAAUUUUUCUACCUUGCUUUUCUCUCCAUACUUAAAUAGUCAGUAGCUACUGAGGGGUGCCUCAUCUCAGCAGUCUUGGCUUGAAGUGAAGUAGAAAAUGGGACUGGCUUCCAGCAGGAAGUGAAGUGCUUCAGAGUCUGUGGUCCCCCUGCCCGGCGCCUGUGGGUCGUCUGGGGGUUAGCCCUGUCGGCAGCAGACCCUCUCAUGUUGUCCUUUAAGGAUUGAACUAAGUGUCUUCAGUAGAAGCCGUCUGAGGCAAGGAAGAGUGAGUGGGAGUAAGGAAUGGAAACCAAAGUCAGGAGAAUUUUUUUUUUUCAUUCUGUUUGCUUAAUUCAUGGUUCAGUAUUUGGGUACAAUUUGUACCAUUUCAGAUUUGUACUCCAGACAAAAAUAUAGUAACUUGAAAGAUUGUGUUUAAAGAAAUUCUAUUCUAUCAUCAUUAAAUUAUUUACCUAAUA